AAGAGUAGGAAAUUAUUGUCCAUAGGAUCAAGAAAAAACCUCAAACAACAAAGCAAGCACCUAAUAAAGGGCAAUCUGUGGGUUUCUCUUUCUACCUAGCACUUCACAUUGUGACAGUCUGUGUGUGUGAGAAGAAUGGAGAAGCCCAAGAAAAUAUUUACGGAUCUCGUAGAUAAGGCAGUAGCAGCUGCUAACUCAAUGCAUCGUGAUGAACUGCUUUUUUCUUACAAAGGAAUUCGCUACCCUAUCACCAUUUGCAGUCCUGAAAUAUUUAAAGCCUUGGAGUCUUUUGAAGCCAGAAGUGAUGAUAUAGUUUUGGCGGGAUACCUUAAAUCUGGCACAAACUGGCUGAGUCAGAUCAUAAAUGACCUGAUAGCUGUAUCUAAAAAGAAAACACAGGGUAGGGAAAGCAAUGUGAAUGAUGAAGAACUAGGAGAAUUUCCCUACCUUGAAGUUGGAGAUGCUGAGAAAUAUGAGCGAAUGACCAAAUUGCCUUGUCCAAGAUUUAUGGUUACUCAUCUUCGUCCUGAAAAUCUUCCCAAGUCUAUCUUCAAAAACAAAGUCAAGAUACUGUUACUGCUUCGUAAUCCAAAAGAUGUAGCUACAUCUUUUUACCAUUUUUCCAAUGGCAUUGCUACUCUUCCCUCCUAUGAGACCUGGGAUGAUUUCUUCACAGAUUUCAUGACAAAGAAAUUGGCCUGGGGAUGCUACCUUGAAUACCUUUCUGAAUGGAACAAAUACAUUGAUGAAGAAAAUAUUAUGACAAUAACUUAUGAAGAGCUAAAAGAGAAUCGUGCCCUGGGUGUGAAAAACAUAGCUGCUUUCUUGGGAAUUCCUCUGACUGAGGAAGAGCUUCAGUUUGUGGCAGAGAGGAGCAGCUUCCAGUCUAUGAAGAAAAACUCAGAGAAUACUCAUGGGGCAUUUGGUGAUGUUUUCUUUCGCAAAGGUGUUGUAAGUGACUGGAAGAAUAUUUUCAGUGAAGAUCAGAAUGAGAAAAUGGACAAAGCAUUCGAAGAACAUGUAGCAGGAACUAAACUCGGAAAAAAGUUGAAGUAUGACUUGUACUGCAAAGCCUGAGGAGUAAUGAAAUGUGGUUAGAACAAGAACUUUCCAAGGCAUACUCAGAUCAUCUGAAUGCUAUGUGCUAGAAAACUAGAUCAAGUGAUCUGAGAACCUUAGAAUUUACUGUAAGAAUCAUUGCAGCAGCCUUUACAGUGACAAUGAUGAGUAAUGGCCUUUUGUUUUAUGGCGAGCUCUUUGGCUACACUCAAUUGCUAAAGAACAUGUCAACUAAUCAUAUUUACAAAAACUCAACAGCCCUGCUCCAGUAGCUAUCACCUGGAAGGAAAUGCCCUUUUUUUUUCUAUCCAAAUUCUAUCUUUCUGGACUAUUUAUAAUUAUUUAGUAUGUAGAUCAUUUUUCCUUCAAAAAUGUUUCAAAUCAGGCAACACCUUCACAGAAGAUAUCACUGGCAAAAAUAUGGAUAUGACAGAAGCCUAAUGAUAUCUUCCAUGAAUUCAGCACAAACUAAAUCAAAGACAGAGGGAGGAGAAAGAAGGGGAAUAGGGAUCAAUAUUCUUGAGGUUUUUCAUCUCUCUGAAUGCAAAACAUCAAGAUGGAUUUCAGAUUAUAGGCUGAUGUUAAUAGGCAAGAUUCACUCAGAGGCACUGCUUUUUAUAGGAUCAUAGAGCAGCCCAGGUUGGAAGAGACCUUGAAAAAUCAUCUGGUACAGGCUUGCCUGAGAAAGGGAGCCUAGAUGAGAUUCUAUCUAGAUAUCAUGUCUUGAAAACGUCCAGUGAUGAGGAUUCUCUCAUGUCCCUGGAAGCAUUGUUCCAGCAAAUGAUUGUUCUUGCUGUAAAGAAUUUACUUCAUAUGUCAAGAUUAAACUUCUCCUGUUGCAACUUGAA